CCAAAUGGACGAAUUACGAUCAGUGGUUUGGUUUGAAUUGAAUACCCUUUCUCCCUCUCUCGCUCUCUGGGUUUUUGUUUUUUAAUGCACUGGUUAUCUGUGCGUGAUUAUGGUGGACAAGGCGCCAGCCAGCCCACAUAAGAUGAGGUAGACGAGCUUUCAGAGGGCAGCCGCAAAAGAGGCGAGAGGGAGAGGAAGAAGGAGGAGGAGAAAAUGGGUGUUUCUACUGCUGGUAGUAGUAGCAGUUCAUCAUCAUCAUGGCUGUCUUCUUUGACCUGCGACCCCGGCGGCUCGAUUCAGGUUGACCAUUCAUCAUCGUCCUCCUCCUCGCCGCUUCAAUGGCUGAGAUUCAUCUUGCUCUCCCCAUGCCCGCAGCGGCUCAUGCUUUCAUCCCUCGACACACUCUUCCUUCUCCUCCUCUGCAUCUUCGCCCUCCACAAGCUUUUCACCACUCUGUUUUCCUCCUCCCGCCGACGCCGCCAGCAGCACGUCAAUGGCGACUUCUCCGAUUCCACCGUCGACAAGCCCCUCUUACAAUCCAGUGGUCCGGCCGUGGUCACCACCGACGCUUGGUUUAAGGUCGCGCUCGCCGCCACCGCCGUCUCUGCCGCCUGCUCCGUCGUCCCCUGCAUUCUCGCCUUCACCGGCGGCGAGACAGAGGCAGAGUCCUCGCCGCCGGGGUACUGGAAGCUGCUCAACGGGGUUUGCUGGUUGAUUCAGGCCGCGACGCAUCUGAUCGUCGCGGUUCUGAUCAUCCACGAGAGGAGAUUCCGAGCGAUUCGGCACCCUCUCUCCCUCCGAGUCUACUGGGUCCUCAACUUCGCCGUCGCUGCUCUGUUCGCGUCGUCGGGGAUUUUCCGAUUGGUCGCCGGCGGCGACGAUCGUUCCAACUUAAUUGCAGACGACGUCGUUUCAAUAAUCGCUUUUGUCGUCUCUAUUCCUCUCCUCGCCGUCGCCGUAAGAGGGUUUACUGGAGUUGGGGUUUCAUCAGGAAUCAAAUUAGCAGAUCCUCUUUUGGAAGAUGAGGAAGAAGAAGAGGGGAAAUUGCCAGCUAGCGCUUUUGCUUCAGCUUCCAUAUUCUCGAAGGCGUUUUGGUUUUGGAUGAACCCACUUUUGGGGAAAGGCUAUAAAACCCCAUUGAAGCUCGAAGACGUCCCCAGUCUCGCCCCCAGCGACAGAGCCGCCGCCAUCACCCGCCUCUGGGACGCCUCCUGGCCGGGAGAGAAAUGCCAGAACCCAGUUCGCACAACCAUCCUCCGCAUGUUCUGGAGGGAAAUCGCCUUCACCGCCUUCCUCGCCAUAGUCCGAUUGUGCGUAACCUACGUCGGCCCGGUUCUGAUUCAGGAUUUCGUCGAUUACACGAGCGGGAAGCGGAGUUCUCCCUACGAAGGCUAUUACCUCAUCCUCACCCUUCUGGCGGCCAAAUUCCUCGAGGUAUUGACAACCCACCAGUUCAAUUUCAAUACCCAGAAGCUCGGGAUGCGGAUUCGCUCCUCCCUGAUUACAGCGCUCUACAGAAAGGGGCUGCGGCUGUCGUGCUCGGCUCGUCAAGCUCAUGGAGUUGGGCAGAUUGUUAAUUACAUGGCGGUGGAUGCGCAGCAGCUCUCUGACAUGAUGCUCCAGCUCCACGCCAUUUGGUUGAUGCCCUUUCAAGUUGGGGCUGCGUUGAUUCUUCUGUACGGAGCUUUGGGAGCUUCCACUCUCACUGCACUGGUUGGGAUUGUGGCGGUGCUGUUGUUUGUGUUCUUCGGCACCAAGAGGAACAAUAGGUUCCAGUUCAACCUGAUGCAGAAUCGGGAUUCGAGGAUGAAGGCCACCAACGAGAUGUUGAAUUACAUGAGGGUGAUCAAGUUCCAAGCUUGGGAGGAGCACUUCCAGAAGAGGAUCCAAGGGUUCAGGGAUUCGGAGUACUCGUGGCUGUCCAAGUUCUUGUACUCCAUUGCUGGGAACCUGCUGGUGAUGUGGUGUACUCCUCUGCUGAUCUCCACUAUUACUUUCGGUACUGCGAUCUUGCUGGGUGUGCCGCUGAGUGCUGGCACGGUUUUCACCACGACUUCGAUAUUCAAGAUUCUUCAGGAACCCAUCAGGACUUUCCCGCAGUCGAUGAUCUCGAUCUCGCAGGCGAUGAUAUCGCUCGGGAGGUUGGAUAAGUACAUGCUGAGCAAAGAGCUGGUGGAGGAGAGUGUGGAGAGGGCAGAAGGGUGUGAUGGUAGGGUGGCUGUGGAGAUUCAGGAAGGUGUGUUCAGUUGGGACGAUGAAGCUGAGGAGCCGAUUCUGAAAGAAAUUAAUGUGAAGAUCCAGAAAGGUGAGCUUACAGCAAUUGUUGGAACUGUUGGGUCAGGCAAGUCCUCUCUGCUUGGCGCUGUUCUUGGUGAGAUGCACAAGAUUGCUGGCAAGGUGAGCGUGUGUGGAUCAACUGCGUAUGUGGCUCAAACUUCAUGGAUUCAGAAUGGGACCAUCGAAGAGAACAUUCUGUUCGGUCUGCCCAUGGACAGGAGCAAGUACAAUGAGGUAGUGAGGGUGUGUUGCUUGGAGAAGGACUUGGAAAUGAUGGAGUUUGGUGAUCAGACCGAGAUUGGCGAGAGAGGGAUUAACCUUAGUGGUGGACAGAAGCAGCGGAUCCAGCUUGCCAGGGCGGUUUAUCAGGAUUGCGACAUCUAUCUGCUUGAUGAUGUUUUCAGUGCCGUGGAUGCUCAUACUGGCACUGACAUAUUUAAGGAAUGCGUGCGAGGAGCAUUGAAAGGCAAAACCAUCUUGCUUGUGACCCACCAAGUAGAUUUCUUGCACAAUGUUGAUCUUAUAAUGGUGAUGAGAGAUGGGAAGAUUGUGCAAUCCGGGAAGUACGAUGAGAUGCUGGGAUUAGGGACGGAUUUCGAGUCACUGGUAGCUGCUCACGACACUGCUAUGGAACUCGUGGAAGCUGGCCAUAAUAACUCAAAUGGUGGUGAAGAAAAUGGCCCCAAAUCGCCAGGAGGAGCUCCUUUCAGCCCUGGAAGAGAAGCUGCAAACGGCAGUAGUGACAACAAGGUCUCGUCAUCAGAACAACAACCUAAAUCGGAGGAAGGAACUUCCAAGCUGAUUGAAGAAGAGGCUCGAGAGACGGGCCAGGUCGGGGUGCACGUUUAUAAGCAGUACAUCACAGAGGCAUUUGGAUGGUGGGGUGUAGUAGCUGCGGUGGCAUUAUCCUUAGUCUGGCAAGGGUCUCAAAUGGCCGGAGAUUACUGGUUGGCCUAUGAGACUUCCUCCGACAGAGCUACAGCAUUCAACCCGACCAUAUUCAUUUCCGUGUAUACAAUCAUCGCAGUUAUAUCAGUGGUUCUGUUGGGAUUCAGAUCAUACUUUGUCACUCUGAUGGGACUCAAGACCUCCCAAAUUUUCUUCAAUGGUAUCCUUAACAGCAUCUUGAGGUCUCCAAUGUCCUUCUUCGAUACCACACCAUCCGGAAGAAUUCUGAGCCGGGCUUCAACUGAUCAAGCAAAUAUCGACCUCUUCCUUCCAUUUAUGUUGUCGCUCACAAUGGCCAUGUACAUCACAGUGCUCAGCAUCUUAAUUGUGAUUUGUCAAAAUGCCUGGCCAACUGUGUUUUUGGUGAUUCCUCUUGGUUGGCUCAACAUUUGGUUCAGGGGCUACUUUCUGGCAACAUCUCGAGAGCUGACGCGACUCGACUCAAUCACAAAAGCCCCAGUAAUUCAUCAUUUCUCCGAAAGCAUAGCCGGGGUAAUGACCAUCCGGUCUUUCAGAAAGGGAAGCAGGUUUUGCCAGGAGAAUGUCCGGAAAGUGGAUUCCAACUUGAGGAUGGACUUCCACAACAACGGUUCUAAUGAGUGGUUGGGACUUCGGCUGGAGCUUAUCGGCAGCGUCCUCCUCUGCUCUUCUGCCAUCCUCUUGAUCGUCUUGCCUAGCAGCAUCGUUAAUCCAGCCAACGUUGGAUUGACGCUGUCAUACGGGCUGUCCCUGAACUCGGUGCUGUUCUACGCGAUAUACAUGAGCUGCUUCGUCGAAAACAGGAUGGUUUCGGUGGAGAGGGUGAAGCAGUUCACCAACAUCCCAUCGGAGGCAGCCUGGAGGAUCAAAGACCGCAAGGCACCUUCCAACUGGCCUACUGAAGGGCGAGUAGACCUUCGCGAGUUGCAGGUCAGGUACCGCCCCAACACUCCCUUGGUGCUCAAAGGGAUCACACUCAGCAUUAAGGGCGGGGAGAAGGUUGGGAUUGUAGGGCGGACUGGGAGCGGGAAAUCCACUCUGGUCCAAGUGUUCUUCAGGCUGGUGGAGCCAACUGCCGGGAGGAUCAUCAUCGACGGGAUAGACAUCUCCAUGCUCGGUCUCCAUGAUCUCCGGUCCAGGUUCGGGAUCAUCCCUCAGGAACCUGUUCUCUUUGAAGGCACCGUCAGGAGCAAUGUGGACCCUAUCGGAGACUACUCCGAUGAGGAGAUUUGGAAGAGUCUGGAGCGCUGCCAACUGAAGGAUGUAGUAGCUGCCAAGCCUGAAAAGCUGGACGCUCCUGUGAUCGACAGUGGCGAAAACUGGAGCGUGGGGCAGAGGCAGCUGCUCUGCCUGGGGAGGGUGCUGCUGAAGAAGAGCAGGCUGCUGUUCAUGGACGAAGCCACGGCUUCCGUGGAUUCCAAGACGGACGCCGUGAUACAGAGGAUCAUAAGGGAGGAUUUCGGGUCGUGCACUAUAAUCAGCAUUGCUCACAGGAUCCCAACCGUCAUGGACUGCGACCGCGUCCUCGUUGUGGAUGCUGGACUGGCCAAGGAAUUCGAUACGCCGUCGAACCUGCUGGAACGACCAUCCCUGUUUGCUGCAUUGGUGCAGGAAUACGCUAAUCGAUCGGCUGGAUUAUAAUCAUCAGCAUCCUCGUCGUCGUCAUGCUUACUCGUAACACGAAAUGCCUGCAUCUAUGCACUGUAGUCCUUCCUUUUGCCUGUCUGUAGUCUUAAGUUGGAGGAGCAUAAAAAGAGGAUAAUGGCUGCAAUUUUUACCAAGUUCAAAUCUGUCAGAUAAAAAGGUUCUGCAUUACUCUCCAUUAUUGUAAUUGUAAGAAUAAUCUCCGGACUCUGCCCCAAAUGUAGCCAAGGGUUUUAGACCGCAGAAGCUAGGCAGAUAUGAAUCUCACACUUCUCACUAAUAUGCAAUCCUAGUAGCAAUGGAUCAUUUCGUUAUCCUUCUCGUUUCGCGGCUUAUGGGGUUGUCGUUACUAACUUCCAUGAACAGGUUGUUUAACUGCAGGGUCGGCUCUUC